AAAUUUCGACUCACAUGUUUUUCAUUAAAUCGUUUCAAUGUUUUGCUGACACUUGAUUUGUUUUCUUAAUUGUUUAUUGUUAAUUUCUAAUUUAAUUGUUUGUUGAUCGUUUACUCUGAUUGAUCUCAUUGAAUGUGGAUUAAAUGGAUUCUGAGAAAGAAGUUGAUUUGUUGAUUAAAUAUUUUAAUGAAAUUGCUGUUGACUCGUCUUCUUGUCGUAAAUUAAUUGAGACCAUCACUGCUCGAAUAGAAAAUGGUGAAUUGAAUAUGGAUUAUGGUAAUGAUUUUCUUAGAGUUCGGAACCAAUUAUUAGUUGGUUAUAUUACAAAUUUAACUAGACUGAUUCAAGGAAAAUGUUCUGGUCAACAAUUGGAAUCUAAUCCUGUUGUUGAUCGAUUAACUCAAUUAAGAGUUUAUAUAGAAAAGGGUCAAAAGAUUUACAAGAAAAUGAGCUACCAAAUUGAGAAAAUUUUAUCUUUUGGUAAAAAUAUUGAUGAUAAAUCAAAUAAUCCAUUGGUAUUUAAACCCGCGCCUCAUAAUCUUUUAGAUCUUGAAGAUGAAGACGGUGGAUCUGGAGGAGAAGAUGACGAAGAUGAAUACAAUCAAUCAGCAUCGACCUCUAAGGGAACCCGUCGACCUAAAGUUAAAUCAAAUGUUUACAUCCCUCCAAAAGUUGCUGCAAUGAUGUAUGAUGACGACGAAUCAGCUGAAUUGGCCAAACAAAAGGCCAUAGAAAAGGCCAAAAAGAGAGCCUUAUCCAGUAAUAUUAUUCAAGAUUUACGACGGGAGUACGACGAGGGACCGGAAGAGAUCAAAUCAGGAUCUUCUAGGAAGAAAAAGAUUGAGAGAAAAUUGAAUGAGAUAAAAGACUUUGAAGAAGAAAAUUUCAUCCGAGUUACUUUAAGCAAGAAAGACAAGAAAAGCCUUAAAAGACCAACAAACGCAGGAAACAGUCUCGUAGAUGAGGUGACAAACUUUGGUGACACAUCGUUUUUGACCUCAGAAAAUCCUGGACAAUCAAAUUCAUCAAAUAAACACAAAUCGAUCAAAAGGAAAAAAGUAGGAAAAAAGAAGUUCAAGAAAUUCAAGAAGUGAAUCUAUUUCUAAUCCUUUGUUAUUUUUACAACAAACGUUGACUUAACUAUGGAAAUUAAAUGUUUUUUUUCACCAUAAA